AUGGCUGAUGGUUGGACAGAUGUGAGGCAGCAAACUUUGAUUAAUUUCUUAGUCUAUUCUACAUAUGGAAUGGUUUUUGUGAAAUCUGUUGAUGCUUCAGAUUUGGUAAAAGAUGCUAGGACUUUGUUCUCGUUGUUCUGUGAAGUGAUUGAGUGGGUUGGUCCCAAGAACAUUAUUCACGUGGUGAUUGAUAAUGCUGCAAAUUAUGUAGCAUGUGGCAAGAAAAGACUAGGUUGGAAAGAAAUUGUGCAUCCUGGUGCAACAAGAUUUGCUACUACAUUUAUCACGUUACAUAGCAUAUAUAUGCAUAAGCAUGACUUGCAAGCUUUGGUGAUUGAUAAGCACUUUGUAGAUCACAAAUUGUCAAAGACUCAAGCUGGAAUAAUUGUUACUACCAUCAUAUUAGAUAAUGGCUUUUGGGGUGAUUGCUUAGAAAUUAUGAAGGUUGUAUCUCCUCUUAUAAAGUUGUUGAGAAUUGUGGAUUCAUAUGAGAAGCCUUCUUUGCCUUAUGUUUAUGAAGGCAUGCAAAGGGAAAAAAAGGCAAUCAAGGCAACAUUCAAUGAUAAGAAAUAUUAUUACAAGCUUUACACAAACAUUAUUCAAGCUCGAUGGGAUAAGUACUUUAAGACAAAUCUUCAUGCAGUGCCGUAUUUGUUGAAUCCUGCAUUCUUGUAUGAUGAGAACUUUAUUCACAAGAGAAGGUUAAUGGAUGCAAUGCUUGACGUGUUUGAGUCCAAUGAAAGUGAAGAAAUUGAUUAUAUUGUGAUGAUGAAGCAGUUAAGUUUGUAUUGUGAUCGUAAAGAGUCUUUUGACAAAACUUCAUGUGAUGAAUAUAUGAAUGUUCUAGAGUCCCCACCUUUGCCUGAUGUUGCUAGUGGUUCUGGUUUUUCUCAUUCAACUCCGAAUGUCUCAAUGCCCGGAGAUUUGAAUGAAGUUAAUGAUGAUUUUGGUAUUGGUGAAUAUUAG